GCUUUUUUCACAUAUCAAUAACCUCUAUGAUAUUGGUUCAACAUUUUGUUUUGCAUUUGGAAAAUAAUUUUCCAAACUGUGAUCCUCUUGUGCACAAUAUGACUAAACAGCAAAUGCCGUAAUAGUCCACUUUCCCAUUUCAAUAGUAAAUCUUGUUACUUUUAGAAUGAUUAAAUGAACAAUACCUUAAAAAAGGUUAAAAGGCGUUAACUGGAUGGCUUUAACUUCAAAGCUGGCAAGUUCAGUGUCAUUCAGUCAUUCUGAAUGGUGAGCUGGUUUCUGCAGGUAAAGGUAAUCUGCUGAUCUGCAUCAUGAAAUGUGCUAGAAUUCUCUGCUUAUUUUUUUUUUUUUGACCUUUGUGAGUAAUGACACUAUUAUAUGAUUUGAUGGCUCACUGAAUUUUGGUACUACACUCUCACACAGACUCAUUCUGCUUCUUUCUGUUUUUUUUUCUUCCAAAGUUUAUUACAGCUCCCAAUACAUUAGAAAAGCUCUAUCUUUGAAGCAAUUUCCUUUAGUUUCUCUUGCCUUUGUUUUGCAUCCCUAAAUUCCAACACCAAGUUUGUCCUCUAUAUAAUUCAAGGCAAAAACUGAAGAGAAACAAAAAAAAAAAAAAAGAGUUUUGUGGGAUGAUUUUCACCCCUAAUAAUGAAAUAGGAAAAAGAAGAAAUAGGAAAGCGAAGUGGCAAUAAAAAUAAAAAUCUCACUGACUAGGAGACAUAUAUGGUGUUCUAAGUGUUUUUUGCACUUAAACUAAUCCGCAUUGACUCGGGAAAGUUUUUUUAUGAGGGCGAAAUUCUUGUAACAUUGUGAACGGCUCGAACAUGAGAUCUUACGUAAGGGAACCAAAGCACCCACUAUUAAUCUGAGCCCAAUAAAGCAUCAUCGUGGACAUCUUUUAUUUCAUCACUUUUGAAGCCGAAAGUUGCGCUCAGAUCCAAAUCAAAAACAAAAAAGCCCAAGACAGUCUAACCAACAGCGCCAAACUGAACAUUUUUUAGCAACUAACCAAAGCUAGAUUUGAAAAGGAAAAAAAAAAACAGUCGUUCAGCACCAGAGCUAGAUUCUCCGACGUCGAUCGCCGCCCCUCUGACCUCCUGCCACCGCCACCAUGUCCGCCUACUCUCUCUCCCGUGAGGCUGUUCCGACUGUUAAGAACAUCCUUUUGUUGGAUUCGGAAGGAAAGCGUGUGGCCGUAAAGUAUUACACUGAUGAAUGGCCUACUAAUGCUGCAAAACUGGCUUUUGAAAAGUCCAUCUUCACGAAAACCCAGAAGACUAAUGCUCGCACUGAAGCUGAGAUCGCGAUGCUUGAGAACAACAUCAUCGUGUACAGGUUUGUUCAGGAUUUGCAUUUUUUCGUGACCGGGGGUGAUGAGGAAAACGAACUGAUCUUAGCCACUGUUCUACAAGGUUUCUUUGAUGCUGUGACUCUGUUACUAAGGAACAAUGUUGAACAAAAGGAGGCAUUGGAGAACUUAGAUUUGAUUCUGUUAUGCCUGGACGAGAUUGUUGAUGGAGGGAUGAUUCUUGAGACUGAUGGGUCUAUAAUUGCUGGAAAAGUAGCCACCCAUAGUAUGGAUGAUGGUGCACCGCUGUCUGAACAGACAAUAUCCCAAGCCCUAGCCACAGCCCGUGAGCAUCUAACAAGAUCACUUCUUCGAUGAGAGAUGAUCAUCCGUGAUUAGACAAGAAAGCGGCAAUUCUUCUGAGUAGACAAGAUCGCCUUCAUGAUGUAUGUCAGCAACAAAUUUCUUGUAAUUCUGAUUUGUCAUUUUUGGUGGACUCUGGGCAAUUUAAAUUCUUUCCCAAAACUCGCUUUUUUGACGCCUCGCAUGUAUGUCCGUUAUUUUCACUGUUUUAGAGGUUGUCUUGUCCCCCUCCAACUGGGUACAUCACUAUAUAUGAGAAAAAAGUCAUUUCUUAUUACUAUGCAAUAUGCAUAUUUAGUCCUCAC